CUUCCCUGCAGUGACGUAGCAGCGGUGGUACUUCCUUGUUUGUUUUCUGAGCUAAACCCGAAACCAGACGCCCCAUUUCAGAAUGCAUAUGUCCAGGGUUGGAAUUUACAUAAAGAGGAGAAAGCGGGGCUGCUCUCAAGCCUGAACAUUUUUUGUCUUCCUCCAUCUGGCUGUCUCUCACUCUGCCUCUUCUGAUUGGUGCUCAUCCCCACGCCCCUUGCCAACAUGCUGUGUUGGGGGAAUGCAAAGGAUGGGCAGUUGGGUAUUGCUAUGGAGAGGGACCCUGUGUUUGAGCCAAGGAACUGUCAUGUGUUCAGUGGCAGGGGACUGAAAGAGAUAGCCUGUGGAGGGCAACACUCAAUGUUCCUGCUGCAUGAUGGUAGCGUGUACACAUGUGGUUCUAACAGCUGUGGACAACUGGGCCACAACAAACCAGGGACUUCCCCAGAGCUUGUAGGAGCUCUGGAUACUCAGACGAUAACAAUGAUGUCAAGUGGUCGGGCCCAUUCAAUGGCGGUGAAUGAACAGGGUCAAGUGUUUGCGUGGGGAGCUGGUGAAGGGGGCCAGCUUGGUUUGGGGACUGCAGAGGCGGCUGUUCGAAUACCAAGGUUGGUUAAAAGGCUGUGUGACCACCGGAUCUCUCAAGUAAUGUGUGGGAAUCAGCACUGCGUUGCACUUUCUAGAGAUGGCCAGCUGUUCACGUGGGGCCAGAACACCAGCGGUCAGCUCGGGCUGGGGAAAGGAGAGCCCGGCAGGCUGCUCCCUUAUCCCCUGAAGUCUCUGGCUGGUAUUCCCUUUGCACAGAUAACCACCGGGGGAGACCACAGCUUUGCUCUCUCCUUGUCUGGAGCUGUAUUUGGUUGGGGCAAGAACCGAGCUGGACAACUGGGUCUCAAUGAUAAGCAAGAUCGUGCUGUUCCGUGCCACAUAAAAUUUUUGAGAUCUCAAAAAGUUGUUCACAUCAGCUGUGGAGAGGAACAUACAGCAGCCCUCACAAAGGAUGGCGGCUUGUUUACAUUUGGUGAAGGCUCGUCGGGUCAGCUGGGUCAUGGCUCCACCAAUAACGAACUUUUACCCAGACGAGUGGUGGAGCUCAUGGGCUCUGAGGUGUCCCAGAUCACCUGUGGCAGGCACCACACGUUGGCCUUUGUGCCUUCCUCUGGUGUGGUAUAUGCGUUUGGUUGCAACAGCCAUGGCCAGCUGGGCAUAGGAAUACGGGGGGAUGCUAGGAGCCCAUUACCUGUCAAGGCCAGGACUGGAAAUGUCCAUUGUACAGUGACCAAAAUCAUCAGUGGAGGAGACCAUAGCUUCUUAUUGUACUCUAAUGACCAGAGUUACGUCCCCCCAGAAGACUUCAGAGUGAUUAAUGUCAGCAAAUCAAUCUCCCCAAUCAAUUAUGAAAGAUUAAAUUCAUGGCGGUUAAAGCUGAUGUACAGCACAGAUUCCAGUGUCACAAAAGACAUCAUAAUUCAACUCUCCUCUACGGCUUGUUGGAACGGCAGCUUUUUGGAUGAAAGUGAUGAUACCCACUUCAAAACCAACCCAAAGGUCCCAGGCAUUGAUCUCGACUCUGUCAGAAAACUGUUUGAGACGCUAAGCAAACCGGCUUUCUCUGGACUUCUGGAGCAGGCCACUAAGAGUUUUGAGAGUAUGAUGAUCCCCCAGCUGCCGCGCUCCCCUCCUGAUGUCGAGGCCAUGAGGAUUUACCUCAUCUUGUCUGAGUACCCGGCCCUGAUGGACUCUAAGAACUACAUACGCCUCACUAUCCCCCUGGCAAUGGCCAUCCUCCGGCUAGACACCAACCCCGGCAAAGUAUUGGAUAACUGGUGGUAUUUAUUGGACAACAGCGUGUUCACCAGAAUGGUCGACAUGUACAAGAGCAUCGUUGUGUUCAUGCUAACGGGAGGCAAGGCGCUGCUCGUACCGGUGUUCUACGAGAACUAUUUAGUCGCCACACUGAGGCUGCUGGAGAAACUCCACCAGGUAAAUUUAAGGGCCAACCAUGUGGAGUACAACCAUUUUUAUAUCCCUGAUAUCACCAGCCUGGUGGACAUCCAGGAAGACUACCUCAAAUGGUUUCUGAGUAAAGCUGACAUUAAAGCGGGAUCAAUCCCCCGUUCACAGAGUGACCUUCCCGCAGUGAACCUAUGUGCCUACCCGUUCAUACUGAAUGCUCGAGCCAAGACAACCAUGCUGCAAACAGACGCUGAACUGCAAAUGCAGAUGGCAGUAAGCGGUGCAAACUUACACAACGUCUUUAUGCUGCUCACGCUGGAACCCCACCUUGCUAGGAACCCUUACUUGGUGCUCCAUGUGCGCAGGGACCAUUUAGUAAGUGACACACUACGUGAGCUCACCAUGUACUCUGAUGUGGAUCUCAAGAAACCGCUCAAGGUGAUCUUUGAUGGAGAGGAGGCCGUGGAUGCAGGUGGAGUGACUAAAGAGUUCUUCCUGCUGCUGUUAAAGGAGCUGAUGGAUCCUGUAUAUGGGAUGUUCACUUAUUACAAAGAGUCCAACCUGCUGUGGUUCUCAGACAAAUGUUUUGUUGAGCAGAACUGGUUUCACCUGAUCGGGAUCAUCUGCGGUCUGGCCAUCUACAACUCCACAGUGGUGGACCUCCACUUCCCACUCGUUCUCUACAAGAAGCUGCUCAAUGUGCCAUCAAAGCUGGAGGACUUCAAGGAGCUCUCCCCCACCGAGGCCAGGAGUCUACAACAACUUCUGGAUUAUGAAGGAGGUGAUGUGGAGGAGACGUUUCUUCUCAACUUUGCUAUCACCAGAGAGAACUACGGGAUGACAGAAGUCAAGGAGCUCAUUCCAGGAGGAGAGAGCAUCAGUGUGGACAAAAACAACAGGAAGGAGUUUGUGGAGGCCUACCUGCGCUACGUGUUCUCAGACUCGGUGAGCGAGCAGUACUCGGCCUUCUCCUCUGGCUUCCUGAAGGUGUGCGGGGGGGAUAUCCUGUCGCUGUUCCAGCCCUCUGAGCUGAUGGCCAUGGUGGUCGGCAACAACAACUACAACUGGGAGGAGAUGGAAAAGAAUGCUGUUUACAAAGGGGAAUACACAGCCACUCAUCCAACAGUCAGAUUGUUCUGGGAGGUUUUCCACGAGUUCCCUCUGGAGAAGAAAAAGCAGUUCUUAUUGUUCCUGACCGGCAGCGACCGUAUCCCCAUCCACGGCAUGGAGAGCCUGCGUAUCAUCAUCCAGUCCACCACAGCGGAGGAGCACUACCUGCCGGUGGCCCACACCUGCUACAACCUGCUGGACAUGCCCCGCUACCAGACCAAAGAGAUCCUGUGUCGUCGUCUCACGCGGGCUGUGGAGCAGUACGAGGGCUUCAGCCUGGUCUGAGGAGGUUUUGAUGCACUUUAACAGCAAUACGACCCCCAUGUCGGUUUCAAAAGAGUGUAAUGGGGGACUUUGGGACACAGGAAGGUCACUCUCUUUAUAUGUUCUCGCAAGAUUGUUAAACAUCUUGAAUCUGAAAGGUCUAUCUAUGUAAAAUGUAGAGUAUUAUUGUUUUUAUUUCUUUGGAAAAAGUUUCUCAACCUUUUUAGGACAAUUUGGGAGCUACUUUAAAUGCUGGUGUAUGGAUAUAUAUUUGAAAUAUAUCACAGUUCUGAAAUAAAAAUUAUCUUUACUUAAAUUCACCUGGGAAUCACAACCUGGAUCCUAAAACUUUUAUGACCAAAAAUCAAAGGCCAGAAGAGGUUGAGAAACUGUCUUUGGAUGUUUGUGUAGUUUUUUUUUUUUUUUGCACAGCUGUGUGUUUUAUAUUCAACUCCUUAAACUCUAUUUUUUACCGUUAAAGACUUAUGUUAUUACCUAGAGACAAUAAAUCUGCUUUUUGUUACUUGAUUCAUUAAAUAGAGUGGUUAUUUUUUGACAAAAUAUAAAAUGUGGAUAUGUAUGUAAAUAGCACUUUGAAUAUAAUCUUUACCCUUGACAUUGGGAGGAGUGUUUGUCCUGCUGAUCCAUGUGGACACCAGCAUGUCCUCUGCCUGAAAUUAAAGAAAGACAACAGGACAGUAUUCAGCAGGCAGAAAGAUGCAGGAUGAAACAUGGUGAAUAUGAUUUGCAAUUAGGGCUGGGUAUCAAACUUGUAUCGAGUAUCGAAAAAGUGUCUUUCAAUACCAAAUUUCUAUGCCUAAGGAGUAACUCUCAGCAUCAGUGAGCCAAUAAGCAUGCAGCAUGCUUCUACCAAGAUCUAAUAAUGCUGGUAAUUGGCUGUAUACAGUGUAGAGGCAUGCAGGAAAAACUAACGCACAGAGAUGAACAUAAGGCUCACAUUUGUGAAUUGUGGUAUAGCUAGUCUUGACUACAGUGUCCGUCACAUAGGUGUAAAGGAGCUCAAAAGGAUUUUAUAAAAUUGCAAAAAGUAUUGUUCAGGAACCGGUAUCGUUCAGGAACUGGUAUCGAAGUCACGGUAUCGAAGUCACGGUAUCGGUAUCGAACAUGUUUUAACAUACCCAAUCCUAUUUGCAAUCCCUCGUAUAUUUUGAGCUGUGGAUCAGAGAUGAUCUGACUUUGUCUUGAACCUGCAUUCAACAGUGUUGCCUUCUACAGCAAAACCUAGCUACAUGAAAAGCUGACUUUGAAAGUUGAUUUUAGUUGUUGUCUGAUCUGUGCAUGUUGUUGGGUGAAAGCAAAAUCCAGAUUGUCAUUAAAAAGUUUGACAUUUUGGGAAAUACGCUCAUUAGCUUUCUGGCAGAGAGUAUGAGAAUGACAAUGUCGGUAAAUUGUUAGCGUUAGCUUACCUUAGCACAAAGACUGGAGAGCGUGUGAAACAGCUAACCUGGCUCUGCCCAACGGUAACAAAUCCCUCCUACUGGAAACACUAAACACCGCUAACUGAAACACGCUAGCGCGUCUGUUUAGUCCACACAAAAACCAGAGUGUCAAAACAAUGAUUCGCCUUGCUUCUGCAUAAAACAUGGAGUUAGCUAGCUAUGUACCCGACUAUUUCUUGUCUUGGACCGGUGUUUUGCCGGGUUAUGCGACUGAUUAGGAAAGACAUUUCAGCUUGGCCAGUGCAAACGUGCGUUAUUAAUUUAAUAUACUUUAUUUAUGCCUUAUUUAGCUGUUAGAUUACAUCGUGCCACCAUAGUAUAGCUAGACCUUUUUCAUGACAGACAUGAUGUUGACAUGUCAUAGUGGGAAAAGCACAGGUGUAUUCAAAACCAUUAUGGCUGCGUUCCACUUAGGAGAGGCCCUGGUAUUGUGCAUGCUGACUCACUGACAUAGCUAGCUAGCUAGCUUACCGGGACACUUGAUGGAAUUGAGCCAUCGUUAAGGUUAUCAAUUUCAGCUGUGCUUUUCCUACUAUGACAAGUCAAAAUGUCCAUUAAGAUUUAAGAUGGAGUCACAACAAAUGUUGAUGUGCAAAGAAUCCGAUGGGUCACGGAAUACAUCGUAACACCCGUAACAACCCUAACUUUCUGUCUGGACUAGUCUCCGCUAGUUGCUUGGCAACAGCAUAGCUGUCGUUUUUACCAUUGGUUUUUACUAUUUGGUUCCUGCCAUAGAUUGUAAGAAUAAGGUUGUUGUACGGGUUAGAAUCAAUAGGCUAGCCUGCUCUCUAUAUAUGCUCUCAACCAGAAGCGAAUAAACGUAUUUCCGAAAAUGUCCUUUAUACUAAAUUAUGUAAUCAUUAAAAUUUACAAUAAGAAGUUUGUGGCAGAUAAUGAAAUUGUGACAUUUGUAGGACGACACAAGUGUGGGUCUGUGGGCAGAAUGACCUGCUUUGGAUAUAAUCAAUUGAUAUUUACUGUAUAGGCCUAUCAUAUAAUUUGUUCCAAAACUUGCCCUGAUGCUAUAUAGCCUAUUUAUUCCUACAGUCAAACCUCUUAAUCCAAACUGGUGUUUAAUUAGGUCGUGCAUUGGCGUGAAGUGUGUGAAAUGGUCUUGCAUAUAUACAUAUAUUUUUUAUAUAUUUCGUACAUGACGGUGGUGUCAGAGAGACUUAAGACAGUAAAUGACUUGAUGCGUCCUGACAGGUCACAUACCGACACAUCCGUACCGUAUAGCAAUAACAACCUGAAACAGCCCAGCGGUGUAGUGGUGAUAUAUCUGGGUUAUUCUUCUAAAGGUCUUAAACACUGCACUCUUCUGAGAUGUUUUUCUUAGGACAGUUUAUCUUGCUUUGCUCUAUCCUGCAUGUCACUCACAUGUUCUACACGUACAGUCAGUAUUUGUCUAAUUAAAAGCUAAUUUCUCCUGCAGAGUAGUCCUAUGCAAAGGUUUGUGCAGCCCUUGACUUUUUGUUACAAAAAAAAUGGGAUUUGUUUUUUUGUUGUUGCACAUUUGUCAAAUCUACACAAGGCUCUCUGUUCCAACUUUUAAAAUAAAACAAUAGUGUUUCAAGAUUG